AUGCCGCCCGCGCUCCCGUCCGCCACGCGCGUCAAAAAGUUCGUCAUCGACAACUUCUUGGUCUGCGGCUUUUCUCUCGCCCUUCUCUUCGGUCUCACCGUUCCCGCGGCUGGCAAAGAGCUCGCGAGUUGGGAGGUCAGCUCGUGGAGCGUCACGCAAACGAUCUGCGUCGUCGUCAUAUUCAUCAUAUCCGGGGCGACGCUGAAGACGGAAGAGAUCUCCUCGGCGCUGGCGAGCGGACGACGGGCGUACGUCUACGGCGCGGUGUCGAUUUUAGGUCUCACGCCAGUGUUGGGGUUCUUGGCGGUGUGGCUGCCGUACAAGCCGCGGGAGUAUCGGUACGGUCUGGCGUUGUUCUGUUGCGUCCCGACGACGUUGACGAGCGGGGUGACUUUAGUGCGUAACGCGAAGGGGAACGUGGCGCUGGCGAUGAUGCUCACGGUGUCGACGAAUUUGAUUGGGGUAUUCACGGUGCCGUUUUAUUACAACGCCGUCGUGGCGUCCGGGCCGGCGUUGAGCGGAGCGGUCGAGCGAUCUUUGACGAGCGAGAUGACCAAGCAGGCGAUCAAGUUGUUGGUUAAGUUGAUUUUUACGAUACUGGUGCCGAUUGUGUUCGGGAAGUUGGCGAGGGAGAGCUGGCCAGCGCUCUCGGCGGCGGCGACGAAGUACAAGCAGGAGCUCACGCUGACGAACAACUCGUGUCUCAUCAUUGUCGUUUGGAUGUCCAUAUCUAAGAGCUCGAGCGAGUUGAAGAGUACUGAUGCCGGUACCAUCUUCGCCGUGAUGUUUGCUGGGAUAGUGUUACACUUAGUGAUGCUCGGGAUCAACUACGUCGGGACGCACGCGUUCGGCAUCUGCGGUCCCGAGCGUGUCGCGAGCGUCAUGAUGUCCAGUCAAAAGACCCUACCGGUGGCGAUGACCAUAAUCUCCUACCUUCCCGAGGACGUCUUCGGCUCCCCAGGUCUCAUUGCCGUCCCAUGCAUCGUGUGCCACAUCACUCAACUAUUCAUGGACGCGCCGCUCGCGAGUCACCUCGCGAUUCGCUCCGACGCCAAGCUCGCCGCCGCCCAACCCCCCACCGCCGCCGUUUGA